ACGAAAGAGCAUUUUUCACAUUCUGUAAUAACAAACAAUACUUUCAUUCUCAACUCUGUUUCGUUCUUCCUUCUUCCAUUUCCAAUCAAACGACGCCGUAACCACCGUAGAUCUCAAACACCAUCAUGUGGCGGAGAAUCGUUUCUUCUCCUCACCUCAAAACCCUAGCCUCUUCAUCUCAUUCUCAUCCUCGAUCCGCCGUCGCCGGUCUCCGAUUCGCCGGCCUCAGCCGCCACGUCGCCACACAAUCAGCUGGUUCGGUGAAGAAGACGGUUGAGGAUGUAGUUCCAAUUGCUACCGGUCAUGAACGUGAGGAGAUUCAAGCUGAUCUUGAGGGAAGGAAUAUCCUUGAAAUAGACCACCCUGAAGGUCCUUUUGGCACCAAGGAAGCACCUGCUGUUGUUAAGUCUUACUAUAACAGAAGGAUUGUUGGAUGCCCCGGUGGUGAGGGUGAGGAUGAGCAUGAUGUUGUCUGGUUUUGGCUGGAGGAAGGCAAGCCCCAUGAAUGUCCAGUGUGUGCACAGUAUUUUCAGCUUGAAGUGGUGGGACCUGGCGGUGAUCCUUAUGGACACCAUUGAUUGGAUGCUGCAGUUUUCCUUCAGGAAUAAAUUUUCCAAAGAGAUUGUUUUAUACCUUUCAAAAUCACGAUGCAAUGAUUUGUUUGGUUUUGACUGGUCUAGACCUUGCGGUUUUACAACUUCAGAGAGUUUCUGUGAUUAUUUAGACACAGGGUGGUCAUUUGAUUAAGCUACAAAUCCUGUUAGGUUGUCAUUUUUGCUCUGCCUAAUAAUUGAUAGCAACGCUAUGAUUCUUUAACAAAGUUUUUUUCUUUUGAAAUA